GUUCCGCGCCCGGCCGGAAACCCCUUCGCAUAGCAGCCGGUUCCGGUUCGGACUUUGUAUUUUGCUAAAGUCAGUGAUGUGAAAAGACCUGACAUGGAUGAUACUGCUGAUAGGAUGAGGAUGGAUGCUGGAGAAGUAACUUUAGUGAACCACAACUCUGUAUUCAAAGCUCAUCUCCUGCCACAGACAGGUUUACCAGAGGACCAGCUUUUACCUUCUGACCAUCAGAUUUUGCCUUCCAGGCAAGGAAAUUUGGACCGAUCUUUUACAUGUACCACAAGAAGUGAAGCUUGUAGUCCAAAUUAUUACUCAGACAACCCUUCCUCAGACAACUUUCCUGGCUCAGCCGAUUUAAGGACCUUUGGCCAGAGUGCAAAUGGUCAGUGGAGAAAUUCCACUCCAGCAUCAGGUUCAACUUUACAAAAAUCAAGAAACAGCCGAAGUCUCUUCCUCGAAACCCGAAAGACCUCAAGUGGAUUAUCAAACACUUUUAUUGGAAAGUCAAACCAUCAUUGCCAUGUGUCUGCAUAUGAAAAAUCUUUUCCUAUUAAGCCUGUCCCAAGUCCAUCUUGGAGUGGUUCAUGUCGUCGAAACCUUUUAAGCCCCAAGAAAACUCAGAGGAGACAUGUUAGCACAGCAGAGGAGACAGUUCAAGAAGAAGAAAGAGAAAUUUACAGACAGCUGCUACAGAUGGUCACAGGGAAACCGUUUUCAGUAGCCAAACCCACUACACAUUUUCCUUUACACCUGUCUCGGUGUCUUAGUUCCAGUAAGAAUACUUUGAAAGAUCCACUGUUUAAAAAUGGAAAUUCUUGUGCCACUCAGAUCAUUGGCUCAGAUACUUCAUCGUCUGGAUCAGCCAGUAUUUUAACUACCCAGGAACAACUAUCCCACAGUGUAUACCCCUUAUUAUCUUAUACACCAGAAGUUGUUGCACUUGGACCGAAAGAUUCAGAUCCUCUCCAUCAACCACACCAUCACCACUCUGUUCCACAUCAGCCAGAUACCUUACCAGCUUCGAAUACACAAUCUGAAGGAUCAGACUCUGUCAUUUUACUCAAAGUGAAAGAUUCCCAGACUCCAGCUCCCAGUCCUACCUUUUUCCAGGCAGAGCUGUGGAUCAAAGAAUUAACUAGUGUUUACGAUUCUCGAGCAAGGGAGAGAUUGCGUCAGAUUGAGGAGCAGAAGGCACUGGCAUUGCAACUUCAAAAUCAGAGAUUGCAGGAACAUUCAGUACAUGAUGCAGUAGAACUGCAUCUUCGUGUACCUCUUGAAAAGGAGAUCCCUGUCACGAUCACCCAAGAAUCAGAAAAGAAGGAUCCUAAAUCAACUGAUAGUGAAGAUGAAUUUCCUGAAAUUACACAGGAAAUGGAGAAAGAAAUAAAGAAUGUAUUUCGUAACGGGAAUCAGGAUGAAGUUCUCAGUGAAGCAUUCCGCUUAACUAUUACACGCAAAGAUAUUCAAACUCUAAACCAUCUAAACUGGCUCAAUGAUGAGAUCAUCAAUUUCUACAUGAACAUGCUGAUGGAGCGAAGUAAAGAGAAGGGAUUGCCAAGUGUGCAUGCAUUUAAUACCUUUUUCUUCACUAAGUUAAAAACAGCUGGAUAUCAGGCAGUGAAACGUUGGACAAAGAAAGUGGAUGUAUUUUCAGUUGACAUUCUUUUGGUGCCCAUUCACCUGGGAGUGCACUGGUGUUUAGCUGUUGUGGACUUCAGAAAGAAGAAUAUUACCUAUUACGACUCUAUGGGUGGGAUAAACAAUGAAGCCUGCAAGAUCCUCUUGCAAUACCUAAAGCAAGAAAGCUUUGACAAGAAAAGAGAAGUGUUUGACACCAAUGGAUGGCAGCUCUUCAGCAAGAAAAGCCAGGAAAUUCCACAGCAAAUGAAUGGUAGUGAUUGUGGGAUGUUUGCCUGCAAAUAUGCAGACUUCAUUACCAAAGACAGACCAAUCAACUUUACACAGCAAGAUAUGCCAUACUUCCGGAAGCGGAUGGUCUGGGAGAUCCUCCACCGAAAGCUUUUGUGAAGACUGUCUCAGCCAGCAGACAUUGACCUUGUUGGGGACCAGCUCUUUGUUGUCCACAGCUAGAGACCUUGGAAACAGCUGCUCCCAACCCUCUGUUAUUGUAAAGCCCUUGUUCUUGGACCAGGCCUUGGCGAGAUGCAUUCACAAGCACAUCUGCCUUUCCUUUUGUAUCUGAGAUACUAUUUUUGCAAAGCAACUUUGGUGCUGUGAACGGGGUGAAGGACAUCCCUAAGCUGAAGAGAAAGACUGUUUUUCACUUCUUCAGUUCUGCCAUCUUGUUUUCAAAGGGCUCCGACUUCACUCAGUUCCUAGUUGAGGGGACUUAGAGAAGGUUGGAAAGAAUCUUGGUUUCAUAUAAACUCUUGUUAUUAGGCCUUACUAAGA